UCUAUGAGCGGAGAUCACUUGACUGCACUCAGCACCUUUCAGGAUCAGGCUCUAGGAGAUGGUCAGAGGAGCGAAAGGACCAUCACCAUUUUGAAACAAAACCAAGGGUACUGGGCACUAGAUGAGAAUAUGGCCAAUGGCAUUGAAGAUCUUAUCGGGAUCCCAUUCCCAAACCACAGCAGCGAGGUCCUGUGUGGUUUAAACGAGCAGCGGCACGACGGGCUCCUCUGCGAUGUCAUCCUCAUCGUCCAGGACCAGGAGUACCGCACCCACCGCUCCGUCCUGGCUGCCUGCAGCAAGUACUUCAAAAAACUCUUCACUACCGGCACUUUAACAGACCAGCCCUAUGUUUACGAGAUUGACUUUGUCAAGCCUGAAGCACUUUCUGCCAUCCUCGAGUUUGCCUACACCUCAACCCUCACCAUCACCACCUCAAACGUCAAGCACAUCCUCAGUGCCGCCAAGAUGCUGGAGAUCCAGAGCAUCAUCAACGUUUGCCUUGAAAUCAUGGAGCCCGACAGAGAGGCCGAGGAGGAAGAUGACAAAGAGGACGACGAUGACGAUGAAGAUGAAGAUGAAGAUGAGGAGGAAGAGGAGGAGGAGGAAGUGGAAGAUUUUGUCAAUCAGGAGAACCUAGCUGAUGUACAAGAAGUAAGCUGCCACCAAAGCCCUUCUGAGUCCGAUCUUACCGAAGAAGCUUAUACAGAAGCACCUAAAGAUUUUCCAAAUCACUUCCCAGCCAGUAACUCCUCUGGACACUUGGGCAUGAUACGAGACUUCUCCAUAGAGUCCUUGCUGAGUGAAAAUUUGUACCCUAAGGCAAACAUCCCGGAAAGGAGGCCAGCUCUGUCUCCUUUCGCCCCCAGCUUCUUCCCCCAUCUGUGGAAUGGUGACUUCAACUCCUUCACCCAGCUUGAGGAGCCACAAGUAGACAACGGCCCCUUGGAUCUGGUGAUCAAAAAGAGGAAGAUCAAGGAAGAGGAGGAGAAGGAAGACCUGCCUCCGCCUCCUUUCCCUAAUGACUUCUUCAAGGAUAUGUUUGCCAACACCCCAGCAGCUCCCUUAGGGCAUAUUAAGGCAGAGACUGACUACAGUGCUUAUCUCAAUUUCCUAAGCGCUACCCAGUUCGGAGGAGUUUUUCCCCCGUGGCCCCUGGAGGAAGAGAGGAAAAUAAAGCCCAAGGCAUCCCAGCAGUGUCCCAUCUGUAACAAAGUCAUCAUGGGAGCUGGAAAGCUGCCCAGGCACAUGAGGACCCACACGGGGGAGAAGCCCUAUAUGUGCAAUAUCUGUGAAGUUCGCUUUACCAGGCAGGACAAGCUGAAAAUCCACAUGCGGAAGCACACGGGGGAGCGGCCGUACCUGUGCAUCCACUGCAACGCCAAGUUCGUGCACAACUACGACCUGAAGAACCACAUGCGCAUCCACACGGGCAUCCGGCCCUACCAGUGCGAGUUCUGCUACAAGAGCUUCACCCGCUCCGACCACCUGCACCGCCACAUCAAGCGCCAGAGCUGCCGCAUCGCGCGGCCCCGGCGUGGCCGCAAGCCGCCGGCGGCGUGGCGGGCGGCCGGCCUGCUCUUCGCCCCCGGGGGCCCGCCCGUGGAGAACAGCUUCGUGAUGCCGCCCACGUUGGAGGAGAUGAGCAGCCACCUCAGCAGCACGGCCAUGUGCCUUCCCGGCCCCAGCCCCAAACACUUCCUCAGCGGGGCCAAGACCCCCUUCAGCCUGCAGGAGCUGGAGAGCCAAAUUGAAGAAACCCAGAUGAAGCUCUUCAGGCGGGCCCAGAUGGACAUGGAGAGGAAUGCGGGCAUCUUCGCCUUCGCCCUGGGCCACAAUGAAAACCUUGCUGCCCAACCCUUCUUCCCUCUCCCUGACCCUUGGAGCACAGGCUUCAGUGGCUUGGCGGGGAUUGGCCACGUGGCUCCCAUCUCAGAGGCCAGCAACUAA